AGAAACGUCUGACGUUGUUUUGGCGCCGAACGUUUCAAUCGCAUUUCUGCGCGGGUAAUGUCCUUUUGUUGUUAGCUAAACACGAAGUUUAAUUGUAGUGUAUAACCAGUAAUUUACUACAUCAGAAAACUACAAGACAGCAUGCAGCGAAGUAUAUCAUCUUUCUUUCAGCCCAAAACGGGCAAAGAGAAGGAGAGCAAAAAAAGUGAUGGACCGGGGAAAGACGAGCCGGUGAAAGACAAGCCAGAACCAAUCAAAAGGCCUCUCAAAGUUCAGAAUGGUGUCCAUGAGGAGCCUGAUUCGCCCGUGAAGAAGUUCACUAAACGCAGUCGUCAGAUCUUGGACAGUGAUGAUGAGGCUCCAGCCGGAAUAGAACAGGAGCCAGAGGACAAGGCUGUGCAACCCAAGGAUGAAGUAUUCAAGGCUGUUACCAACCCCCUGUCCCCCGCCUCUCCAGUGACCUCAUCCGCCUCCCCCACCCCUGGAACCCCUGACACCCCCACUUCCAUCUCACCCUCGGGAAUACCCAAACGCCGCACCGCAAGGAAGCAGUUCCCCAAGAGAAAGCUGGACAGCAGGAGUGGCAGUGAAAAGGAGGAGGAAGAACAAGGACAGCAGAAUAAAAGGGCAAAGGUUGAGGAGACGCAGGACAGCACCGAGAAUGAAGAGGAAGCGAUGGACGUGGGAGGAGAGAACAGUGUGGAUAAGCCUGAGGUGGCGCAGAACAACCCGGAGGAGAAAGAGACUGAUGAAGAGAAGACCAAAGAUGGAGAGAAGGAGAAAGCACUUGAUGUGAAAGUGACCGCGACCGAGGAGGAAAAAGGAAAAAGUGAAAAGGCUAAAGAGAGAAGUCCUACAGAGAGAAGUCAAAAGGUUAAAGAGAGAAGUCCUAAAGAGAGAAGUCAAAAGGUUAAAGAGAGAAGUCCUAAAGAGAGAAGUCAAAAGGUUAAAGAGAGAAGUCCUAAGGGUCAAAAGGUUAAAGAGAGAAGUCCUAAAGAGAGAAGUCCUAAAGAGAGAAGUCCUAAGGGUCACAAGGCGGUAAAGGUUGGGAAAGACAUGAAAGAAGAGAAGGUGUCAGAAAGCCCCCAAGCCAAAAAAGCCCCCACCAUCAGCAGUUUCUUUGCUCCCAGGAAGGCUGCUGUAAAGAUGGAGAGACCAGAGAAGAGCGAGGGAAAGGAGAAGAGUGAGGGAGAGGGAAAGGAGAAGAGCGAGGGAAAGGAGAAGAGUGAGGGAGAGGGAAAGGAGAAGAGUGAGGGAAAGAAGGAGAAGAGCGAGGGAAAGGAGAAGAGCGAGGGAGGGGGAAAGGAGAAGAGCGAGGGAGAGGAGAAGAGUGAGGGUUAUAUAAAGGAAGAGGCUACUGGUUCCCGUACCACGGAGGACGUUAAAGACAAGAAAGGAGAGAAGACUGCCCAGGCCCAGUAUGACCCGUCCAGACCCAACUACCACCCUGUAGACCACGCCUGCUGGAGCCGGGGACAGAGGGUCCCGUAUUUGGCUGUUGCACGCACCUUUGAAAAGAUUGAGGAAGAUUCUGGCAGAUUGAGGAACAUUGAAACAUUAUCAAAUCUCCUACGCUCUGUUAUCAUCCUCUCUCCAGAGGACCUGCUGUGCUGCGUCUACCUGUGUCUCAAUCAGCUGGGUCCUGCUUACAUGGGGCUGGAGCUGGGAGUGGGAGAAACUGUUCUGAUGAAGGCUGUCGCCCAAGCUACUGGGCGACAGUUGGACAAAAUCAAGGCGGAGGCUGCAGAGAAGGGGGACUUGGGGUUGGUGGCUGAGAGUUCCCGUAACAACCAGAGAAUUAUGUUCCAGCCAGCCAAUCUAAUUGCAGGGGGUGUGUUCAACAAACUGAAAGACAUCGGGAACAUGAGUGGGAAUUCUGCCAUGAAUAAGAAGAUUGACAUCAUCAAAGGUCUCUUUGUAGCCUGUCGUUUCUCUGAGGCCAGAUACAUUGUCAGGUCGCUGGCAGGGAAGCUGAGGAUUGGCUUGGCUGAACAGAGUGUACUGUCUGCCCUGAGUCAGGCCGUGUGUCUGUCUCCUCCAGGACAAGACUUCCCUCCGGCGGUGAUUGACGCAGGGAAAGGAAUGAGUGCAGAAAAACAGAAAGCUUGGAUAGAAGAGAAGAGCCUUCUCCUCAAACAGACUUACUGUGAGAUGCCCAACUAUGAUGUCAUCAUCCCAGUCAUUCUGAAGGAGGGGAUUGAUGAACUCCCCAACCACUGCAAACUCACUCCAGGUGUACCAUUGAGGCCCAUGCUGGCUCACCCCACCAAAGGUGUAGGAGAGGUGAUGAAGAGAUUUGAUGAAGCCGCCUUCACCUGCGAGUACAAGUAUGAUGGAGAACGAGCACAGAUCCAUAUCUUGGAGAACGGGGAAGUGCGUAUUUUCAGUCGUAACCAGGAGGAUAAUACCACCAAAUAUCCUGACAUCAUCUCUCGCAUUCAUACGGUAAAGAAUGAGUCUGUGAUAUCCUGUGUGUUGGACACUGAGGCAGUAGCUUGGGACAGAGAGAAGAAACAGAUCCAACCAUUCCAGGUUCUCAUCACACGGAAGAGAAAGGACGUGGCUGCAGCUGAUAUCAAGGUCCAAGUGUGUGUUUACGCCUUUGACCUGCUGUAUCUCAAUGGAGAGUCUCUAGUGAAGCAGCCCUUGUCAUGUCGCAGGGCUCUGUUGAAGAAGAGCUUCCAGGAGAAGGAGGGAGAGUUUGUGUUCGCCCGCGCCAUCGACUCAGACAACACAGACGCCAUAGCUGAGUUCCUGGAGCAAUCGGUUCGAGACUCCUGUGAGGGACUCAUGGUGAAGACUCUGGAGAAAGAUGCCACGUAUGAAAUCGCCAAGCGCUCUCACAACUGGCUCAAGCUGAAGAAGGAUUAUCUGGAUGGCGUGGGGGACACGAUGGAUCUGUGUGUGAUCGGAGCGUAUCUGGGGAAGGGCAAGAGAGCAGGGACCUACGGAGGCUUUCUGCUCGCCUGCUACGAUGAGGACAAUGAAGAGUUCCAGUCCGUCUGCAAGAUUGGGACAGGUUUCAAGGAUGAAGAUUUGGAGCAACAUUACAAAUUCUUAAAGGAGCAUAUUUUGCCAAAGCCCCGCCCCUAUUACCGUGUGGACCAAUCAACUGAGCCCGACUUGUGGCUCGAUGCCGUGCAAGUAUGGGAAGUGAAGUGUGCCGACCUAUCGCUGUCGCCGAUCUACAAGGCUGGCAUGGGAUUGUGUGACCCAGAGAAGGGCAUCUCUCUUCGGUUCCCACGCUUCCUGAGGAUCAGAGAUGAUAAGAAGCCGGAGGAGGCCACUUCAGGAGGACAGAUUGCUGAUUUAUACAGGAAGCAGCAGGUUGUUCAGAAACAGGGUGACAAAGCUGACCUCGAGGACUACUACUGACCUCUGACCCGAUCAGCUGCCCGCCCAGUCACCAAUAACUUGGGUGAAAUCUCAAUGUGUACAUAAUUAUUAUUGUUUAUUUUAAAUGAUGAACCUGAAUAAGGCUCUGCCAAUGCAAAAAUGAAAGUGAAGACCCUGUGAACAGCUGUGUUUCUAGAUCUAUAGGCUUUGCCAAUGUUAUGACGUUAAACAGUUUGUUGUUGUACCUAAGGCUUAUUUUGUGGGGGGAUCGUAUUCACACCAGUAUAAAGUACAGUUGUCAAUGACUCAAAUCACCAUGAUGUAUGUGAAUAAAGACUUUUGCCAAUCGUA